UUUACUUCCUAUUUACGAACUAUGGCAAAAAGUACAAAACAAAAUGAAAAAGGAAAAGACAGCCAUGAAAUGGGUUCUGCCAAACUUUUUGUGGCUGCAAUUGAUUUUGGAACUACCUAUUCUGGGUACGCAUUUUCAGCCCGAAAUUCUCCCGAAACCUUAUACACGUGCGACUGGAAAAAUAAUAAUUUACUGUCCAGGAAAGCUCCGACGUCCGUUCUUAUUGACAAUGACGAACAGUUUGUAGCAUUUGGGUUUGAUGCAGAAAACAAAUAUAUGGCUAGUCUCGAGAAUGAUUCGGAUUCAGAUUCAGAUGACAGUGACGAAGAGAAAAAUCCUUCAUGUAAAGCCGUAUAUCGUUAUUUUAGUCGGUUUAAGAUGGAACUACACGAUAAGGCAGUAAAUUUAAAAACUUUUAUCAAAGACCAAAAUGGCGAAGAAAUGAAGGCAAUAGAUAUUUUUGCAUUUGCAAUAAAAUAUUUGAAAGACCAAGCUAUUGGAAAGUUAGUCAAAAGUUUGAAGAAUGUGGAAACAAAAGAUAUACACUAUGUUCUUACAGUUCCGGCCAUAUGGGAUGACCAGUCAAAAAUAUUUAUGCGGAAAGCAGCAGAACAGGCGGGAAUAAAAAGCAAGGAUUUAAUAAUAGCUUUAGAACCAGAAGCAGCCUCCAUAUAUUGCCAGGAACUUAGAACUAAUGUUGAUAAAAAGACAGAUAAAACAUUUUCGGAAACAAUUAAAAAAGGAACAAAAUAUGUAGUGAUCGAUCUUGGCGGUGGUACUGCAGACAUAACCGUACAUGAACGCCAGUUUGAUGGUUCAUUGGAAGAGGUGCUCCCACCAAGUGGAGGAGACUGGGGUGGAACAUCUGUUGACCGAGCUUAUCUAGAAUUUGUUAACUCGGUAUUCACUAAGAGAGUCAUUAGCGAGCUUCAUUCAAAUCAACUUGAAGACUAUACAACUCUUUUCCAUGAAUUUGAAGUGAAAAAAAGAACAAUUACUACAGAAUAUAGUACUGAUAUUGUUAUUACACUACCUGUAUCUUUGUUAGAAAUUACACGGAAACAUUGCACUUCUGUGCUCGCUGCCAUUCAGAAGUCGAUUUAUAAGGAAUCUGUUUCAUUCAGUGGACAGAAACUUUCUGUAAAACCGGAGGCAUUCCGAAAGCUAUUCAAGCAGACAAUAGAUUCAAUAAUAAAACAUCUUGAUAAACUGCUAAAACACCCAAACCUUUCCGACCUACAUCAUAUUAUAAUGGUUGGUGGAUUUUCUGAAUGUGAGCUUGUCCAAACGGCAAUGAGACAGAAAUUUUCAAAGAUGAAAAUAAUUAUUCCUGACGAGGCUGGACUUGCUGUCCUAAGAGGUGCUGUUUUAUUUGGACAUCAACCAAAGAUUAUAGGAAAGCGAAUAUUGAGGAAAACUUACGGAAUACAAAGCUGGCCUGAAUGGGACGCUGAACUACAUCCGGAAACGAAAAGAGUGCGAAUUGAUGGAAUUGACCGUUGCAAAGAUGUCUUUUAUAAAUUUGCUGUCAAAGGUGAAAAAGUUGAAGACGGUCAUUCCUCUGGACAAAUAUUUCAGGCGUUAAAAACAGACGAAAAAACUCUAGAGUGUACAGUAUACAUUUCAGAUGACACUAAUCCCCGAUAUGUCACAGAUCCCAGUUGCCAACGCCUAGGGAAUCUCAUCGUCCCAAUACCUCCCCUCAAAAAAGGAGAGACGCUUGAAAUUGAAGAAACAAUGAUAUUUGGUGGAACUGAACUCUUAUUCAGAGCAAAGAAUAUGAAAACGGGUGAAAUUUGUGAAAGUCAGUUUGAAUUAAUUUAGUGAAUUAUUAAAAAUUAUACAACUGUUUACAAGAUGAAAACCAAUAGUCAUUUUCUACAAUUAAUUUUGUUAUAAAAUAAUUUCCAUUGUUAGUAAAUGAGUAUUUACUUAUCAAAUUGUUCAUCAGUGACCGUGUUUAAUGUCGUGACCUGUGCUCAUUGAAAAUUGAAAAAAUUGAAUGGAAAAAUAAUCAAAAUAAAUAUAAGUUUAAAUUAAAGUAAGAAUAAAAGGUUUUUUUUUUCAAAUUUCUCCAGACAUAUAAAUCAAUUGGCUCUAUUUGAUUGGAAAAACGCAACAUUAUCUUUUCACAAUGAUGACCGACGUUAUGCUAUCCCCAGAAUUUACACAAACAGAAUUUAUUUAAAGAAUGACUGUUAAACCAAAACCAAACAAUAAACCUGCCAGUGGUCACCUGGACACGGUUGGUGCACUUUCAAACAACUGGAGAUAUUUUUUAAACGAUUUUGUAUGGAAUAGUUGUAUUGGAAGUAUUACAUACCAUGACAUCCACAUAUUUUUUUCUUAGUAUUCCGUUACCUCUGCAAAUGGACGUGCAUAUUGAUGUCUAGUGUUAGUGUAUUAUAUACCUAGACAGCUUCCUUUGUAGCGUAAGGUGUAUGUGAAUCGUGUCUGUUUCUAAUUCACAUAUAUAUCGGGCUUUCAAAUAUCGGUUUUAGUCAAGUCUGCUACAUAUGCCAUUGUUUGUCUUGUUUUCUUAAAAAAAAAAGGGGACACAAGUUCUAAAUAAGCUAUUGCUAUUGUACUGAUUGACAUAUUAACAUAAAAAAAACUCCAUAUACUGUUGUGUUCAUGCUAACAUUUAUGCAUGAAGACUAUUUUUCAUAGUUCCAACAAACUCCUGGGUUUAAAUAAUCAGUAAUGAAUUUCAUCAUUUUUGUCGAGCCUUCGACUUUAGUCGAAAAAGCGAGACAUAGCGAUCCUACAUUCCGUCGGCGUCGUCGUCGUCGUUGUCGUCGGCGGCGUCCACAAAUAUUCACUCUGUGGUUAAAGUUUUUGAAAUUUUAAUAACUUUCUUAAACUAUACUGGAUUACUACCAAACUUGGACAGAAGCUUGUUUAUGAUCACAAGAUAGUAUCCAGAAGUAAAUUUUGUAAAAAUAAAAUUCCAUUUUUUCCGUAUUUUACUUAUAAAUGGACUUAGUUUUUCUGCCGGCAAAUAUUACAUUCACUCUGUGGUUAAAGUUUUUAAAAUUUUAAUAACUUUCUUAAAAUAUUCUGGGUUUGUACCAAACUUGGACAGAAGCUUGUUUAUGAUCAUAAGAUAGUAUCCAGAAGUAAAAUUUGUAAAAAAAUAAAUCCAUUUUUUCCUUAUUUUACUUUUAAAUGGACUUAGAUUUUCUGCCAGGAAACAACACAUUCACUCUGUGGUUAAAGUUUUAAAAAUUUUAAUAACUUUCUUAUACUAUUUUGGAUUUGUACCAAACUUGGACAGAAGCUUGUUUAUGAUCAAAAGCUAGUAUCUAGAAGGAAAUUUUGCUUUCUUCCAGUUAACAUUACAUUCAGUCUGCAGUUAAAGCUUUUUAACAUUUAUUAGAUUCAUAAAAUAUCCUUAAUUUUUACCAAACUUGGACAGAAGCUUCUAACAAUCAAAAGAUAGUAUCAAGUGGAAUAUGUUUAUUGAUUUACUUCCUCAUUUUUGUUGAGCCUGCAAUUAACAGAAAAAGUAGGCGAGACACUGGGUUCCGCGGAAUCCUUACAAAUGUUUUCAUUAAAUCAUGGACCGGGUGUUAACUUUACAGCACUUAUUUCUCCUAUAUUCUUUAAGGAAUUUUAACAAAACUUUCCCAAAAAUAUCUUUAUAUGUUGUCAUAUAUUAUUACAUAGCUAAAUAUUAAAUAUGAAUAUUUUUGUCGAUAAUUUCCGUAGAUAAAGAUAUAUUUUUCAUUUUCUUACAUGUUGGAAGAGAGGGUGUACAUCACUAAUCUCUAGCAAUCAGGCAUACGUAUGACUAGCUGAAUAAGUGGAGCAUUCCCAGAGCAUGCUUCUAUAGAAAAGAGUUCUCAUUUAUCAGGAGGAACUACCGAGAAAUUGUCAAAAAUGCCAAAAAAUUGCGAUUUUUAAAAUCCCCCCUUUUGACUUUUGACCACAAUUUUCAAAAAUCUGCACCACUUUGGCACUCUACGACAUACCUUAAUCAAAGGGUAAUACAUUUAUCUUCAAAAUAAGACCAAAAUUAGCCGUGAGGUAUUUCGGUCCGUUAAAUGUUUAAACUUACCUUACUUGUCACCGUACUAUGAUUAUAAAUGAAUUAAACUGCUAAAAAUGGAUUCAACGUUUAGUCAAUGAAUGAUCAUAAAUUCGGACAGAUCGAAAAAAUAAAACUAAAAUAAUAAUAAAUAUUAGUUAUUCUGAUUAUAGAUGUUUUCUGGAUAUAUGCAAUUAUCGAAGCUAUGCAUUAUCAUGGGCAAAUGUUUCAAGCUCUUAAACGAGUUAAAGAACUCUCGAGUGUACUGUUAAUGUAUCAGAGGAUACAAAUUCUUGGUCUGCGCUUUGGAUUCUAAUAAUACCAUUACUUCCCCUGAAAAAAGGGAAGUCGCUUGAAAUCGGAGAGAUUGUAUGGAUUGAUUGAUUGUUGGUGUUUUAACGCCACUUUUGGGCUAUUUCGUGGCGGCCAGUUUUUAUUGGUGGAGGAAGCCGGAGUGGCCGGAGAAAACCAACGACCUUCGAUAGGAAAACUGACAAUCCUAGUCAAUUAAGAUUGGAGUUGAGUGCACCCGCAGGAGCGGGGUUCGAACUCACAACCUCAGUUUUGACUGGGUAGUGAUUACAGAAGUAGAACUACGUAGACCACUUGGCCACCGAGAGAGAUUAUAUGGAGGUACUGGACUUAAUUCCUGUGCCCGAAAGUAAAAGCUAUCUAUAUAUAUAUAAGUACCGCUAGUUACAUCUGACCUGUUAUGACAUUGAUAAAGCCUGAGAACUACUAGUAUAUGGGAGGAUUGCUGUUAUUGCCUAUCGCAAUCAACAGUAUAUCCUAGAGCACCGUCCCUUGGUGUCUCCAGCAGAUGAACAAAUUUCCAUCUUUAUAGAUAAUAAUUUAAGUAUGUUCAAGUUCAGACUUUAUUAUUAUAUUUUUAUUUUUAUUUUAUUUAUAUUUUUUUUUGUUUUUUAUUUGUGCACUGCUGGACAUAGAAAUAGUAAUAAUAAUAAGGAAGGAAGAAAAAAAAAUACUCAAGAGUUCUUUUAAUGUAUUUUUGUUAUUAAUGCUUUUUUCAUUUGUCUAUUAUAAUAUCUGUCACGUUAUAUACUGUACAAUGUC